AUGAGGAAGGCUAUUCCUUCUUCUUCGUCUAUUAAAAAGGGCCUCGCGGGUCAUAUAGCAGACAAGUCCUCAGCCACUCCACCUUCUAAUAUUACCACCACUACGCCUGAAGCAAGUACUCACUUGGAAAUACCCAUCUUGCCUUCUACUUCAACCUACACACUUUCAGGCAAAGACGACAAGAACGAAAAACUAAGAAAAAAAGCAAAGAACUUUUUGGACGAAAGACAAAAGACAAAAUCAAGAGCUCAAAGCUUAUGGAGCUUUAUAGAUGCCACCAACACGUUUGAUCAGGCGAGGUUUUUUCAAGAAAAUGCAGAACAAGUCUUUCAAGUAGUGUUUGAUACAUGUAUGCACCAAAUAGAAAAGAUAAAACACAAAUCAGAGAGACCGCAGUCUUGGAACUCCAAAGAACUUGUUAAUCUACAAAAAACAUUGCUAUUGCUACGAAAGAUAUUCCUGUAUGUGCCUGAACUGAUGCGCAAUGGUUGGCAACGAAACAACAUUGCUAUUGUCUUGACACAUAUUCUCGACCAUGGCAACCAUCCCAGACUCCGCGCACUUGGCUUUCAAUUAUUGUUGCUAUGGCUGAAUGAUCAGGUAGUGGAGUAUCCUGAAUGCAUGAAUUUAUUCACCAAUGCUAUCUCGCUUGAUCUGUUUGUGUUAGACGAUAUACAGCAUUAUAACACUUCGUCUACCUCUUCCACGACGAAUAGCACAACUAAUCCACCUAUAGCACCUACUCCUAUGCAUGCCACCACACAUUUAACAACACCAACUCAGAUUCAUGAUAUGGAUGAGGCAGCCAAUUCUCCUAUCACUACUACUUCCAACAAAUUGCACUCGAGUGGCUUACAGUUUGUAAAGAAAUUAAGAGAAAACCAUACUACCAAUGCAGACAAACAUGCCAACCAAGGGCUACAGCGGAACGAAAAAAUCAAAGCGAGCCCAAUCCAAUUGAAUCAACGAUUGAUCUUGGGAGAUGAUUCGCCACCAUUGUAUCCUAAUCCUGUUCAACCUACGUUUAAUGAUUCAAUUGUCUUAAUCCAUAUCUUUAUUUCCAAUCUUGUUCGGCUUGCUUAUGUAGCUGCAGGAUCUCCUCCUCCACCAGACGAAUAUGAUUAUCCGCCUGGCGAUCAUUUUGAACCUGACGAUGGGAUUGCUACAGGUGUAGGCAUUGAUGCAGCCACAGCCAGUGCCAAGUUUCUGUUUAGGAUAUUUAGAACCCAUUACAUGACUAAAUUUGUGCCUUCUAUCUCAAAGUCUCUUUCUGUCGAAGGAUCUUUAAAAUUAGACAUGUGUGGAUUUCCUUCAUGUCCUCCUUCUAUUUUACGGUCGCUGCUCAAGUUCUUGAUUGGCUACUGUCUUGAUAAUGACAGCCAUCAUGCAAACGCGCACUGGCCUCAUAGUUCACAUGCGCCUACUGCUGCUGUUUCUUCUCCAGCUACACCCAUCUUAAAAUCCAUUGUCUUGUCAUCACACGAAACUCGUGAAAUGUUGCAUGAAAUCAUACGUCAAUCUUUGAUAUUACCUUGUACGAACGCACAGUAUCGCGACAUCACUCGAGGUGCAAUUCAUGUAUUGGGCGUAUGGAUCUUGGGCAGUGAAGAUGAACGACCUUCAUUCUUGCGUCGAUCAGGCAGUGUGGUGACACGUUCAAGUAGUACAGCAUCUGUCUCUAACACGUCCAUCAAUAACGAUCCCAUUAUUUCAUCUGCCUCUUCUUCUCGUGUGUUUUCUACUUCACCUGUAGAAGAACAUGCACCACUCUUGCCCAUUAAAAACACACCUAAUAACGAAGACUAUUCAGAUGCAAAUGCAUUUUUACGUCGUUACUUGUUAAUGAUCAAAUUGAUCUUUGAAGAUCGCCGACCUGACGCUUCUCAUCAAAGCAAACGAGAUAUUCAAGCAGCUAGUGUUCAACAAGUCGCAGAUUGGGAAGGACUAGUAGCACUCUAUAAAGAUGCCAUCAAUGUAUAUCGUUCUAUUGCUGUGUCUAAAGGAGGUAUUGAUAUUGAAUGGGAGAGUUGGGAAUUACUAUUGCAAUGCUUGUUAGAUAUACAACAAUGGUUUAUGAGUCAACCUGAAAAAUACAGCCGCAUUCCUGUGCAAUCAUUAGCAGAAGAAUUGGCAGAUUAUAUUUGGGAGACUUUGCUUCAUGCAUUUAUACGUGCUAAAAUAACACACAUGGAAUUGUGGCAUCACUUGAAAACGCAUUUAGUUAGUUCGAUGCGAUGGGUACAAGCAUUAAAUCAAUGGGUGCGCAUCAUGCAAAAAUUGACUCGAUUGCUAUCAUCAAGGCUUUACAAAAUAGAUUAUGAACUUUAUCCUGAAUCAAAGCAUCGAUUGAUGGAAGAGUUCAAUGGCUCAAACAUAAAUAUUGGCACUCGAUACUCGGCACAUUUCAAUAACGCAAACAAUACUACAGGUAGUAACUCUCGAGGACAUACAGGCGGUGGUUCUCGCUCUAAAGCAAGACUAAGACACAUUAGCAUGCAAGAAAAACAAGCUUUGGAAGCAACGCCUGAAACAGAGGGCAGUAUGUCCAAUAUCUUGCGUAACUUGAGCAGUGCUUCUUUAUCUGACAUUGCCAAUACAUUUAAAACAGAUCGAAAAUCUACCAAUCUAGCUCUGGUCUUGGACGAAGAAGCAGAAGAGGAAGAGGACGCCAAUCCCGCUACAAGUGUCAAAUUUGGCAUAAAGAACAUUAAACCUGUCAAUUCUUCUUCUAAUACACCUUCUCAUGCAAGCAGCGGUCAUAGUAACACCAAUCAUGUACAGUCUUCCAGCGCAUCCAUCGGAAAGAGAGCCAAUGCAAACAGCAGUAGUCAUAGUUUGACAGGCAGAUCUGCUAGUACAAGCAGUAAUCAUGCAACAGCCGCUGCCAACAGUAAUCAUGCUGGUAAUACGAACGCUACAGGCACAACUGGCGAAAAGACAGUAGGUCGUCGUACGAUCAGUAUUCAGCAGCUGGAUACAUUGUGGCAAGAUUCUGGUUCCAAAUUGUUAAAUUUUGUUCAUCAUGGCGAUAAUACACAAUCAGGUAUAAUGAAGAAAGACGAAGAUAAAAAAGGCAUGCCCGAUUGGGAUCAUGCUAGUGUUAGUUCUAUUGAAGAAAUGUCAACCAAAUCCAACCGCACUUCUUCUUCCUCUGCUUGGCCUGCUGGUGAAUCACUUUCUGUCAUGGCUAAUCCUGCUGCUGCCUCAGAGAAGCUGCCUGUAAUUUUGGGUUCUUUUAGAAGCUCAGACUUUUUGGUGCUGAGUAAUUUACCAUAUGAUGGUUUACAAGUAUUAGCUGUUUGGAAAAACAUGCUACUGGCAAUAGGCAAUAUUAAUGAUAUUGAGGGACCUCAAAACCAUGCCAUUGCCAUGCAAUGUGUUGUCGAGAUUUGGGAUACUUUACGCUUAGUAAGAGCACAACAACCUUAUCGGGAUAUACCUAUUCCAGCCAUGUACGAAGCAGCUCCAUGGCUAUUUCAAGCAACAGAAUUGCCAUCUUCCUUUGAUGCGGGCAAAGCUAUAGCCUUUGGUAGCUUAUGUAGACUAAUGUCUCAACGUCCUGAAGAGAAAAUGCCUGAAGGUUAUUACGCUGCUUUUUACAAAUGCAUUCUGAAAGGAUUGGCAUCCAAUGAUAAUACGAUCAUCCAAUCCAUCAUCGUAAACUCAGAACGUCUUUUUGGUUUCUGUUUACCAGGUGUUCAUAUCUUAAUCCCUUCAUUUAUAGAUGCUAUAGAGAAACACCUCUUGAAUGAUAAUAUACCACGCAAUGUAUCACCUGCUGUCAAAAAGAGCUGUAUUACUAUCUUAGGCUCACUCAUUUCUAUCUCCAAUCAUUUAAAAGAUGUAGUGAUUGAUACAAAAGAUUUAGAUUUAACUUGGAUACAAGGCAUUCAAGGAGAAACAUUUUCUUUCACAGAUGUCAAGAUCUGGUUAAAAAGUAUACUCAUUCGUCUUGUCAAUGAAGGAACUACACCACCUCAAUUAGAAGAAGAUACUGAUUCUCAUUGCAUGUUAUUGGGUGCCUUAUGCGCUUUGGUUAUGGAUGAAAUGUUGUCUUGUGAAAGUCCCCAACAAGAUCUUGUACACGAAUGUCUUUUAUCGCUUUUAAAUCAUUUGUACUGGUGCAAUAUCUCAAUUGUAAACACAGUGGCUGAUUGCCUUAUCACCAUGGCGCACAUUUACAAAGAAGAAUUAGAUAAAGAAGGGAUUAUUGUACAAGAAGUCUUGACUAGAAUUGUGGAUUCAUUAAAUGUGCACUUGAAGUAUUAUCAACGCGAUACAAAAUGUGGAAAGGGAUUUGUGGUUUCAAAAUUAUUCAGUUGUUUGCUCGAAUGGAUUAUGUGCAUCAAACCAGCUAUUUUGACAGACACAGACCUGUGUCAACUUGUCUUUGAUGUCAUUGAACUUGCCUUACAUGUUACUUCAGACGGCAAUGAAAAACUCUUGCCCCAUCCACCAAGGCCAGCAGAUAGCAAAAAGAAAGAGACUCCCUUCAAAUUUAAACUAAUAUCAGAAAAGAGGCCUCCAUUACACGACAAUAUGGUAAACCAUACUACAACGACUACAGGAUCCUCAGAAACGACAGAAAACGAUCAAGGAUAUGAAUCUGCCGAAGCUGUUCUUCUUCACUUGUUGCAUCACUUCAAUAACUUCGCCCCUCCAUCUGGCCCUUCUACAAUUCAUAGUACCAUUGUUGGACCAGGUGUGUCUCAAGACGAUGUUGCUUAUCAUCAAUACCAAUACUUCUCUUUUAAUGAUACCACCAUCAUUGCAUUUGUAGAAUUACCAAAGACAACACAUAGAGGUGUUCAAGCAAGAAUUAUCAUACGAGAUUUAACUGGGCGUUAUGUUUGGGAUACGCAACUUGAGCCAUCGAUUGAAUCAUUAUCUUUUAAACAAAAAGAUAAGACUGAAAAUGAACAGAGAUUUGUGCUGAGAGAGAAUGUUUGCAUACAGCAAGACAUGCCUGAUGAGAUGUUGUGCAAACAUCCAUCACCGCAAGACCCUAUGGGAACCUUGUUAAAACAGAUUGGUGACACACACCCAGAUUGUUUACUGGACCCUAGUUUACCCUUAAAUGUCCCUAGCACAAGCACAGACCUUCAGUUGGAUAUGCUGGGUGAUCUCGGUGAUCAACUAAACGUAUAUCUCAAAAACGAAGCCGAAAAUAAUGAACAACAAAGAUCUGAUAUCCAACUUUGGUACUCAAAAAUGAACGCACUUCGUAAAAAAGAAACACCAGAUGAAAACAACAUGUUGGAAAAGGGAGAUAACACUUCUUUACAGUCUUGUUUGAUGAACAAUUUCAGUCUUCAAAAGGACUUUUUACCCGCUUUUCCUUUGGAAGCCGAAAAACCGCAUGUUCCUUUCCAACAAAGUCGUUUACUUAUGAGCCAUAUGGGGUUGAUACAUUACAAGCAUUUGAAGGAUGGAUCAUUUCAAAUGUUAAAUAAGACGCCUGCACUUUAUCGAGACUUGAGAGGACUGGAUAGAAAACAUGGCCGAGAAACCAUGAAAAUUGGAUUAAUCUAUGUAGCUCAUGGACAAGAAGAUGAACAAACCAUUUUACAGAACAGUCGAGGCUCCGAGAAAUAUAAUGCGUUUGUGAAUAGUCUUGGCUGGGAAAUCGACAUUGCAACACAUACAGGCUAUCUGGGAGGGCUUGAAAGAAACUUGACCAAUGGUACACGGGCUACGUAUUACUGUUCCUCUACGAUUGAAAUGAUAUUUCAUGAUGUGACAAAAAUGCCCACAGAUGCUUCAGAUCCUAAACAAUUAAAAAAGAAACGACACAUUGGUAAUGACCAUGUGCAUAUUGUUUGGAAUGAACACGAUCGAGAUUAUCGUAUUGAUACCAUCGGGGGUGAUUUUGGCAAUGCCCAGAUUAUCGUUACACCUUUGCCUAAUAAUUUGUAUUCGAUUCAAGUCUAUCGGGAUCCGAAGAUUCCUUACUUUGGCCCACUCUUUGACCGAAUGAUUGUAUCUCAGGCAAUUCUAGGCUCACUUGUAAGAUCAACCGCUAUUGAUGCAUUCCGUGCAGCUAACGAUGUGAAGACUAUCACAAACAGACACAAAGUUACAAACUGGAGCUAUGAGCAGUUUAUGGAAAAAAUCUUUAUGCCUGAAGAACAGCCAUAA